GGAGCUACAUCUUGGCCACCAACAUGCAUGGCUGCUUGCAUUCUGACAAGCAGCGUUGUUGCGUUGUCAUGCCGCCGCAAUGGUCUCUCAUGGCUCGCCGCGCCCCGACGCGACAGAUCUUUUACCUGUCCUUUGAUGCGGACAUUCCGCUCUUGGACGUGACGUGGAUGGACAACGCCGAGAGUACCAUGUGUGUCGUUUGCCACGACACAUUUCACUUUAUGAAGCGCAAACACCACUGCCGACUAUGCGGUCGUCUUGUGUGCAACGCAUGCUCCACGGCCCGCAUCGCUGUCAACUCGUCCAACCAGCUCGAGCGAUCGUGUUGUGUUUGUUGCGGAGUGCUGCAAACUCUCGAGUCUCUCGGGGACACGCGAGUCCAGAGCAACCAGGCCGUGACGCCGCCAAGCGUUGCGCUUCGUGCAACCUCCCGCGAACACGACUUCGACCGCGUCAUGCGCGUGCGACGGCAGCUCAAGAUGUUCCAGCCUGCCUCGACACACUACUACAUUUUGAGUGCCGACUGGCUCCAGGCAUGGUUCGACUACAGCAUGCAACACGGCGCCCACCCGGGCUCGAUUUCAAAUCACACCCUCCUUUCAUUUUACCAAGGCAAGCUGCACGCCACGCGUGGCCGCAAAUACCGAAUCGUGCACGAGCUGAUCUGGUGCACACUACACAAAUUGUACGGCGGUGGGCCGAUCAUCACGACCCGGACGACCAUGUCUUGGACGAUUCAAAUGAGCGAAGGCGAGAUCGCCAAGACUCUUGUGCACACGACGGCUCACAAAAAGUCGGCGAAUGGGUCCAAGACGGGAUCGUUGCAGUGCUGGUUUCAGAUGGAAUGCAAUCGGCAUAGCCUCCUGCGGCGAGCGAGCGGUAUAAGCAGAGAUGGUACGUUCAACGACGACAUCCUGUCCGCGCAAUCGGCCGUCAAAGCGUUCGCCGCCGCUGCCAACCAAGCGCGGCGAGACGCUGAAGGACGGGUUAGUCCAUUAUCCAACAAGUUGCGGUUUUCCGUCGCCUAGCCCCAUCGGCUCGCUGGCUUCCACGCCACCAUGUAGAACCACUACACGCAAUGACUUUGAGCAAUUCAAACGGCGCUUUCCAUGCAUUGUCCGCCAUCUC